AGCAUUGCUGUCAGCUCAGUGAACGCUGGUUCCUUUUCAGGAGAUGUUCUGAGUUUCUGUGCUAAUAGUGCCGACUACAAUUGCGCGAAAAUUCUUCAAACAUGUGUGCGAUAAAAAACAACUGAGUUCCAUCUACAAAAGUAGCUUGGUUUUAUGCAUACAACCAGAGGAGUAAGACAAAUGGGGGCUUGAAGCGCAAGGCAAAUCUGGGGCCCCUUGAUAAAGAUCAAAGAUUUUUCAGAUACGAGGCGUGUAUUCAAAAUGGAAGUGUUGGAAGAAACAUCUUCCUCGAAUAAAUGGUUAAAUGAAACUGCUAUCUGGCUAUUCUUAGAAGAGGAGAGGGGAACCCAACAGCAACCACUCAGUACUGCUGUGCCACUCACAGUAAUCAACAGUCUCAUUUUCAUAACUGGGAUCACUGGAAAUAUUGGAGUAUGCAUUGUGAUUCGUAAAAACUCAAUGUUGCAUACUGCCACUCACUAUUUCUUAUUCAACCUGGCUGUGGCAGACUUAAUGCUCCUUAUUUUUGGUCUUCCUAAUGAUGUGGCCCUCUAUUGGCAUCAAUAUCCCUGGAUACUGGGAGUCUUCUUCUGCAAAUUAAGAGGUCUCAUUUCGGAGAUGGCUUCCUACGUGUCAGUCAUGACGAUAGUUGUGUUUUCAACAGAGAGGUACUUGGCAAUAUGUCACCCUCUCCACAUACACAGCCUCACAGGACUUCCAAGGGCGGUCAAAAUCAUCGUCACCCUCUGGCUCAUCGGUCUUGUAACAGCUAUGCCAUUCUAUUACUUAAUGGAUGUACAUUACCUAACCUAUCCGAAAAAUGCAACCGACAGUAUUGUGAUAAAAGAAUCUGCAAUAUGUGGCAUGAUAGAUCAACCGAAAAACUUACCCAUGAUAGAAUUCAGUUUCACAUUUUUCUUCGUUCUACCUCUCAUCAUAAUUUUUAUUCAGUAUAUGAAGAUGUCCUCUAGUAUCUCUCACAGUGAGCAACCUUUGGAUGGAAUUGGUGGAUCCAUCAAUGAGAAUCGCUUGAGAAGAAGAGCCCAAUCGAACAAAUCGAUUGUGCGAAUGCUACUUGCAGUUGUGGUUGGUUUUUUCUGUUGUUGGGCCCCAUUCCAUGCUCAGCGCUUGGUUUUUAUCUACGGCUCUGAUUGGGAAUACAUUCACGAAUUCAACGUUUGGAUGUUCUUUGCAACUGGAAUCUUCUACUACUUUUCGUCCACCCUAAAUCCAAUUCUGUAUAAUGUUAUGUCAAGAAAAAUGAGGAAGGCCUUCAAGUACACAUUCCAGUCGAUGUGUUCUAAGCAAAGGAUAUCAAGAAACUCCGAUAUGUCGAGCACAACGUUCCACGGUAGACGGAGUUUCAGAGAAGAAACCCAAGUGAUAUUUGGAAACGGAAGAUUGUCAGUGAAAAGAAAACCUAACUUCGAGAACGAUGUAAAAAACUGCAAAAGAUAUGACUUGAUCAAAUUUCAAAAUGAGAGUAUCGUCUGAAAGCAAUAUGUGUUGAUACAAAUUUGAAAAUAAAACCGUCUCGAAGAUCUCAAAGUUCCUUGGGAACUAAAACUGACCAGUUUCGAGAUUUCAAAAGCCUGGAAAUUAUUUGAACAUUUGGCACAAUGAAAUGUUCUAUCAGAUAUGUAUUUCGUAUAUAGAUGGUGGCUCAAAUAAAACUUGUAGGCCGAAUAUUUCAGUUUAUUUCCGAAUAUGAGCUCUUCCGAAAAAAGCCGUCUUGUGAUUCGUUAACUACCUCAAGAAUCUCGAAUGGUAAUGAAGAUUGAGUGACGCAUAAUUCAGAAAGUUUUGCAAUUAUAUCCACGAACCUGCGAAAAAAUGUCUGCUUGGUGUUCAUUUCUUGGAAAUGAUAGAUGAAGUGCUUGAGUUCCUGAACAAAUCCCAAAUAAGAGAUUUAUAUGAGAUUUUAUCAUAUUUUUUUAGACAAUACUAUAAUUCUCAUUCGAUGUUUCCAUCAAAAUAUCUGUGCGAUAGGAUAUCGAAUAAACGACUGUUAUCUUUCAGUGGCGAAGUGAGGAUGGUCUCGGGACAUCGUUGCGGCUUGAUAGCCAAUCGAUUAUUUGAAUUAGUCGCUCUCCAACCGUGAGAUAGGCUGUAACACCAUAUCGGUUCAAAAUGAAUAAGAUAAUUGUGUCCAUUGUAUGCCAGGAAUUUAUAAAGGACACAAAUAAUUUCCUCCGAAAAAAUUAGUACUGGGGUUUUAAAAAAUGCGAAUCGGGGGCCGACAAAUCUGAAUUAAAUAAUGAAAAAUUCCACCAUGUUGAACCAAGGACUAUUCAAAUCUAUUAUACAGAUGUAAUCUUUUAUAUCUGAACAGAUACGGCAUAUUUGAUAUUUUGGCACAAAGUUGGAUUAUUUUGAAUCUUUAUCCAUUAAUAUUCGUCGCUGUGGGAACAUGUUGUCCAUAAACAAAAUUUUUCAGAUAUUCCCAAAGAAAAAAAAAUCAUUGGUAGAUACAUCUGGUGAUCUGAGACCAUUUGAUCGCGCCAUUCGUUUAGACUUGGACAACCUGUUGGUGCUAGACAUCACCGAAAUUAAUUGGAAGCGGUAGAACUGUCGAAAUAAUUUUAUGCAGUAAAAGCUCCAGAUAUUUGGCAACCAUGGAUAAAAAACUGCCCUAUGAUAUAAUUCUCCAGUAUUCUUAUCCAAACAUAUUUUUUUGAAGAUACUUUUCGAUUUACGAAGAAUCUACUUUUUUACUUUAUUACAACAUAUAUGGUUUUACAACGCAUCACUCAAUCGACUAUCAAGAUCAAGCACGGCCCUGUGACCAUUCCCACUUCGCCAUUGAAAGAAAACGCUGUUUCGAUUUGAAUUCAAUACCGUAUAACGCAGUUUUUUUUAUUAUUACAUGUUACAUUAGAUCAUGAGUGUCCUUUGGAACCCAAUCUUUUCAAAUGUAUUUUCCAAAUCUGUAUCGAAUUCAGAGCCUUUAAAUCACAUGUCACUCAAUCCCUAUUACAACUUGAGCGUUUGUCACCCUGAGGAUUAUCGUCCACGAAUUUGCAAUCAAAAAAUGUUUCCCUUCAAAUAUAAAUUGACCUGUUUCGGUGUUUUUCGGAAAAACUCAUACUCAUAAAAAUAUUUGGCUAGAGUGUUUUAUGUGGGCUAUCCUGUAAAUAAUUAAUUAGUCGUUCGUCAUUUGAAUGAUAUGUGAUAUUUGCUCCAUGCUCCUGUAAAUAAAGUUCUUACUACCA